AUGCAAAAAUUGUUGGCUGGAAUUAAAGUUGUGGAGCUUGCUGGGCUUGCACCUGUACCGUAUUGUGGAUUAAUUUUGGCGGAUUUUGGAGCAGAUGUUACAGUGGUAGAUAAGGUGAGAAUUUUUUAUUUUGGUUUGCGGUGAUUCUGUAUUUUUCCAUGUUCCAGAAAGAUAGUUCACACGAACAACGCCUCAACCGUGGAAAACAGUUGAAAGAAUUGAAUUUGAGAGACCCAGCAGACUUGAAAAAGGUAAGUUUUCAUGAUGAUUUUUAAAAAAUCAACCAAAUUAUCUUUUUCAGAUCCGUGAAAUGUGUCGCACCAGUGAUGUUCUUCUCGAUCCUUUCAGACCAGGAGUUUUGGAAAAAGCUGGUUUGGAUCCUUCAAGUUUACUUGAAGAGAAUAAAAGUUUGAUAAUUUGUCGAAUAAGUGGAUAUGGACAGACUGGGAGAAUGAAUCAAGAUGCUGGACACGAUAUUAAUUAUGUUUCGAUGAGUGGAAUGUUACCCACAUUUACUGGAAAACAAGCUAGUAGACCAUGGCCACCGGCGAAUAUGUUGGCUGAUUUUGCUGGAGGAAGUUUGACUGCGGCGUUCGGAAUUGUUUCCGCGAUUCAUGCGAGAUCAAAGAAUGGUGGGUUAUUUUUUGAAAUUGUUUUUGCCUGAUUUUGGAGCUUGAAUAAACUUCUGUUUUUAGUAGAAAAUUUGAGAACGGUUCACUUUUUAAUAAAACAAAUAGAAUCCUUGAGCUCUUUAGUUUUUUUUUCAGGCGGUGAAGGAUGUGUGAUAGAUUGCUCAAUGACCGAAGGUGUUGCAUAUAUUGCUUCUUUUAUCCAACAUUACCAUGACCAAGACUUUAUGUUUUCUGACGAGUUUUCUCUUUUCUCUGGAAACUGUCCAAUUUACAGGUUAUCCUAACUCUUCUUUUCGAUUGUCCAGAAAUUAUUAUUUGAUUUUUUAGAACGUAUAAAACCAAAGAUUCAAAAUUUGUAGCUGUUGGAUGCAUUGAACCAAAAUUCCAUCAAAAUAUGUUUGAAGGUACUUUUUUUAAAAUUUUUUUUUGAUAGUCAUUUUUUUUAUAGUUUCUGAAUCUCUAACAUUUCAGUGUUGCAAAUCGAUGGUAGUGAUUUAUUCACAAAUCCUGGUGGCAUGGUGAAGCAGUUGGAAGAUAUUUUUUUGACAAAAACACGCAAUGAAUGGGAGACAGUUUUCGAAGGUUUGUGGGAUUUAUGUACGGAAUACCCCAAAAGUCAAUUCAUAAAUUCUAGGAAAAGAAUGUUGUGUGACUCCAGUGUUGGAUAUUGAUGAAAUUGGUUCUCAUGGUCUUCACAAAGACCGUAACAAUUUCGAAAAAUCUGAAAAAUAUGGGGGAACUUGGAUUGCAAAACCUGCUCCAAAAAUUCAAACGCUUGAAGAUCUCCGGAAAUCCAAAUCCAAAUCUAAAUUAUAA